CCAAAAAGUGGCUGUGAAUGUGGGAGGCAGUAGUUAAUAAACUGAACAUAACUUAAGAACCGUAAAUCGUACAAUAAUAAAUUAUAGGCCAAAAUAAAGCUUGUCAUAAGAGGGAUAUAAAUAUACAUAGUGUAAUUGUUGAGUAGUUAUACAAUAAGAAUAUUAGUCCAUGAAUAGUCCUCGGAAGUUACCUGUAAUUUAAUCUCCACUCGGAUAUAACACUAUCGUAACCAAUGGUCGGAGACUGUGUGACUUGGCUCAGAACCGAUCAAAAUGGCGUAGGUGUGUACACUCUCUGCCUUCACUUAAACCUUGAGAUUACUUUCUGCGAACUAAUUCCUUCUUCCCGCAUCAUAUCCUUAUAUACAAUCGUUUUUUUUAUAUACUACUACCAGUGAAGUAACUACUUCUAUGAAUUCGGUGUUCAUUUUGUUGUGCUAAUGAGGUGUGGCAACUUGUACCGACGCAUAUAUGUGCCUAGUCUUACAUUGUAACUGACUGAUAUAUACAUAUAUAUAUAUGGAUUAUUGAUCAAUUUCGCAUUAGAAUGAAAAGAGCUAUUCAAGUGUUUCAAAUAUUCAUUAGUCUUUCUCUGUGAUAAAAAAUUAAAAACUAAAAAAGAUCUCUCUUUAUUUACAUGUUAUUAUAUCCUUCAAUAAAUGUGUAUUUAGCCUUUUCCUUUUUUAACCAAUCAUAUUCAUCUUAAUUCGAAAUAUUAUAGGUUAACAUGUUGUAAUAUUUGAAAUGUCUAUUUCAAUUAAUUAUUGUCUAUAAUUAAUUAAUCAGAUCAAUCAUUGCAUAGUAGUAUAAUUCAAUUCCAUACAAUUUUGUUGUUGUUGUUGUUGUUGUCGUCGUCGUCGUCGUUGUCGUUGUCCGUGUUUGUCGUUGUCGUCAUCGUUAUUGUCGUCGUCGUCGUUGCUUGUUUGUUUGUUAUCAGUUACCCAUCUCUUCUAAAUAUUUUUCCUAAAUAUGUUUUCAUAUUGCUUUGAACAAAAUAAAAAUUCUCAAUUUAUUCAUAUUUUUAAUGAUUAUCAAUUGAAUAAUAAAAUUUUAUUUUCAUCAUUAAUUAUCAUUAUGUUAAUAACAUGGAGUAUAUUCUAUGUAAUUAUUCCUAAUACUACUAGUAAUACUACUACUAAUAAUAAUAAUGGAAUAGAUCCAUUCAAUACAAAUAAUUCUUUGGUAAGUUCAUUUCAUUAUUUGAUGUAGAAUAAUAUGUUAGGACUUAAUGUUUUGAUUGACGAUAUUGAUACUUCAUUUCAAAUAUCUUGGUAUGUCCAAGGGUUGGAGGGACUUAGCAUUCCAUCUCAAAAUACUCUCACAUGGCGAUGUGUAUACAGCCAUUCAUAGGGAAGUCCUACUCAAUAACUUCUCGCAUCAUGGGUGUUGUUUACGAAACGGAGGGGGUGAAAAGCAAAUGUCCGAUGCUUUAACCGGGUUGGUGGGUACAGAAGGUCCACCUAGGGGAGUUGGAAAACCCUGGUUCCAUACCAGUGGUGCACAUAUGCUCCAGUAUCCUGAAGGAACAAAUGGCGUAUGAACCAAUUGUUGGUCAUUGGCUAUCAUAGAACUGCAUCUCCUUACGACGUUCCACUGCCUUGUGGAUCAGACCUUUAGGUCGAAGGCUCUGGGUGUGUUUCCCUUAUGGAAAUCACCUGUUUCGGUCUAGGCAUCCGGGUAGUAUCACAGCCCACACACAAAUCAGGUGACUUAUAUAGCGCAUAACUAUUUGGUGCCUUCUUGCACUAAUAUUUUGUGUCCAAAUAAUCAAUAAUAAUAGAUUGUUUAAAAGAAACCUAAUUACUGUUUUCUAGUUGUGAAUUUUAUUAAACUAUCAAUAAUCACAUCGAGGAUAUCCAUUGGACCCUGUUCUGUUCUCGAUAGUUUUAUUUCAUCUAUUUCGACUUUCUAAGUAAAUUAUUGAUUUCUGUCAACUUAUUUAAUGAUUACGACUUUAUCAGAAAGGGGUUUUUGUGGAUAUUAUAAUAAUUUAAUGGUUAAGUUAAUGAAUUAAUUGAAGUUAGACCACCAUGGGAAACCUAGAAGAAUUGGAUUGCCGUUUCAUCCUGGUUUAGGACACCUCAGCAGUACGUAUCAACGAUCCCGCUCGCUUGAUCCAAACCCAGAACAUCUAGACGACUGUGUCGGCAUCCAACAGUAUUAAUGUCUAACUUCAACCAAGCCACGAAAUUACGUCACCGUCCACCAUUUCGAUAUUUGAUAUUGUUUGUGUCUAUUAGAUUUUAUUUUUCAAGAUUAUAAAUUUCACACUUCGUUAACAUGUUGUUAUUCUUAACUAUCAAGUAGCUUCAUGAAUAACUAGUCAAUGCUUGAAUUGAUGAAUAUUAUGUUCAGGUCUCCUUGUGAAUAUCAUGGGUGAGUUGCAGUUACAUUCAUCUAAUUACUACCAAAUGGAGUCAAAAAGACUUGCUACAUUUGACUGUAUACUACGACUGAACAGUUGAAUAGUGAAUAAGUUUUUGUUGAAACACUAGAUAUGACAAUUACAACUAGAAUGUUUGCAAAUUGGACUUUUAACCGUAAUCCUCUCAUCUAUUUAAAACAAAAUAAUGAUAAAUUCUGUUAAAUAUUUCCUGGAAUUCAAGUGAAAAGCCGUGACCAGUGGAGUUCAAUCGCCUUUGUUGUAUAGGCAGUUACACACUGAAGACAAUGUUGGACGGUCGCGCAAUAUCGUGGAUUGAUUAAAGUUACACAUUAACACCAUUACAUGCUGCUCCAACGGUCUAGGGGUUAGGCGUUCGUCCCUGAGACUGAAGGUCCUUGGUUCAAGUCCAUCAUGCAGGAUUGUGAAUGCACUGUUGAGAAGUCCCGUGUUAGGACAGAACGGCCAUUCAGUGCCUCCAGGUUCUCCAAGGUGUUCUAGGUUUAAUAAAAUUCAACUAUUAAAAACUACAAAGUGAAACGUCUAUAACAAUACAUUUGUUUGAGGACUCUCCGUUCAAAUUGUUUGCAAUUAGUUUAUGCACAAACGUAGUGCAAAAUGUUUAUUAUAUGAAAGGAAAACGAUUGUGCUUUACUGAUUACUCCUGCAUAUGCCUGUCAUAUAAACGUCUACACAACUAUUAUUACUGUAUGACUUCAGUAAACUUAUCACUUCAUAUUUGAGCUUUAUUUCGGAAGGUUCAGAAGAACGUGACUAUGAAUUCUGUUUAUCGAAUAUUUCAUUAAUUGUAUUUACUCAACCGUAACACUGGUUUGGUACAUUUUAUUCUAUGGAACGUUCUUCUAUUAAAACAUUUUCAUAUGAACCAUAUGAUUUUCAAUGAAAAGAUAUUUCAGUCUCCAAGAUUAUUAAUUUAAGCUAUAAAGCCGUAUUUACAGUUUGUUUUACAUGUGACAGUUUAUAGUAUAAUAAGGGAGUAUUGAGUCAUGAAACAGAGUUAUUAAAGGCGAAGGUAAAGGAGUUGCGUUUUCUACGUUCGACAGCGUAAUUGAGAAGCUUCCAGUGUUGUUGUUUUAGACGGCAACUCCAGCGCCUACUUCACCCAGAAAUGAGUGUUCCAGUUAUCCGAUUAAUGUGAUAUCAGCUCGUUAUUUGCUAGAUGGUUGAAUGUAAUAACCGACGUUUUUCAAUAGUAAAUCUAAGUUACCUAAAAGUCAUAGAGAUAAUCAGAAACAAUUUACAGAAGAGAUGUAAAAGAUAAUUGUCUAAAUUCAGUUGAUUUUGUUUUACUUGUACCUUCCAUUGUUAUUUAGGACUGCAAUUGAUCAAUAUCUUAUUGGUAUAUGUGCAUCAUGUGCGGAUUGCCUCGAUAUAGCCUUAAGUCCCAAACUUUUUAAGCAAAUAUGGAAAGUGGCUAGCAGUGGAAUUCAGGACGAGCGUUCCGUUCUAUGUAGGACUCGUCAGCUGGAUGUAACUUCAACAAGAUACUGAUUAAUUGCAGUCCUAAGUAACAAUGGGAGGAUACAAGUAAAACAACACAAAGUGAAUAUAAUCUUCAAAAUUUAAUGACUUUUUCAGAUUAUCACUUCAAUGUGUCACCAUAAAUUUGAUUUUGAUUCGUUGUUCCGAUUUGAGUACUCAGAGGGGGGUAGACACUGUAGUUAUUAUUACAAAAUGUUUUGACCAACUACUUAAAUAGCUUCAUCAGUGUAAUUUUUUGUUUUGUUUUAGGAUAAUAAAAUUCACAUUGUGAUCUUAUUUGAUGGUGAUCGAGGUCUACAAUAUUUGAAUAGCCUACUUAAAUCUAUAUUUUAUCAUCAAAAUGGAAGAUUUCGAUGUGAUUUAAAAGCUUGUUGUCUAUCAAACUUUUGUGAUCGAUUUAUGAAUGAUUUCACAGGUUGAAAUCAUGAGUCAGUUGAAGCUAGACCACCACUGAAAACCUGGAAGCACUGGACGGCCGUUUCGUCCUAGUAUGGGACUCCUCAGCAGUGCGCAUCCACGAACCCGCCCCCUGCGGGAUCCGAACCCAGGACCUACUGGCUUCGCGCGCGAGCACUUAACCAUUAGACCACUGACCAUUAACCAAGUGACUCAUGAUUUCAACCUGUGAAAUUUACUAAAAUCUCCACAAAACUCAUUCUGAUUAUGAAUGAUUGUCAAACUGUUAUGAACAAUGUUUCAACAACAUAUACAACUGUAUUUCAUUUCUUAAUAACGUCGAUUUCAUUAAAUAGUCAGUUGUUGAAUUUGAUGAAUACAUGGAAAUUACAUAAUAUGGAAUAUCAUUUCUACAGUUGUGGUAAUCAUCUGGUAAGUUUUCACAUGCAUUAUAAUUAACUGUGUUACGUCACUGUACAAACAUUAUGUUACAUCAGUAUUGAUUUAAUGAAAAUACUCUCAGUGUUUUAUUACAAUGAUUCCAAUAAUAUCAGUACAGAGUUUUAUGGAGAUGGCACUAUUUAUAGUUUAAAUUACAAAUUGAUAUUAGUCGGACAACCAUCAAAAAGCUAACGGGGCUCGAUGACCAUCUUGUCUUGGUAAAGCAUUUCAGGGCCUCAACUCAUGUGUCUUAUCCAAGACCCCCGACCUCGCACAUGGUUGCCUAACCACUAGGCCACUGAACUGGCCACCAACAGAAUUAAAAUCUUACUUCGGUUAAUUCACGAGAUUGCGCAAACCUCAUUCUUUGGCUGGAGUAGGUAUCUGCCUCAUAUCCAACUCGGUUAUACUCCACUGGUUACGGUUUCUCACUAGAACUCCAGAAGUUUCCUGUUAAAGCUUCUCACUAACAAUUACAUGACAAUCGCCACUGUGAGGUUGUGGCGAAUAUUGUGUCACUGGUGAGAUGACAGUGGAGUUUAGUCGUGUCAGGUAUGAGAUAGGCACCUACCGACGACAAUAGAUGAUGAUUUCACAAUAUCCUAGUCUGACUAAAGUUAACUUGUACACGCUUGAACGCUCACCUAGUGCUUUAGAGGUCGAGCGUUCGCUUGCGAGAUUCAAGGUUUUUGAUCGGAUUUCAGGUACUCUGUCGUGGAUGUGCACUGCUGAAGUCCCAUACUCGAAUGAAACAGUCGUUCACUGCUUCCAUAUUUUCAAUGGUUAUCUAACUUAGAUCGGUUCGUGAUUUCAAUGUUUACUAACUUGAAUCUGUGUGAUUCUUUGUAGACAGAUAUUUGGUGGAUUCAAUCUAGGCAUCCUUCAGGCGCCAAACCAUUUUUAAAAUUGAUGAUUACAGAAAUUCUUCCAUCUACAAUCAAUAAAGUAAGUCACAGUUCUGGAUGUUCUCUCAGUAAGUUUCAUAAUAUUUUUCAUCAAAUUUUUCCGUAUAAAUUGACUACAAUAUUUAAGUGUUUGAUUCUAAUGUCGUAUGAAGAAAACAAGUUUACGUCAGUGUUUAGGAAGUAAAUCUUAUUCUAAUACCACACUAAUAAGCAUGUAGUCAAUUUUAAGGACUACAUUUUGUGAGGAAGUACGAAACGUGAACACAGAUGAUAAUGUAAUAAGAAAAAGCAUAAUACUAAAUUAUAUAAUGGAAAUUAUAGCAGUACAAUGCAUUGGAAGUGAUCAUAAGAAGAAAGCUUUUCAAUACUAAAUACUAAAUGUGAAUGAACGAGGUUAACUAACAAGAACCAAAAAAGUAGAAGGUAUAUGUCAUGUUCCCUGGUUGUCACUGGUGUGUAACUGCGAUCAAUCUAUGAUGUGAAUUACAUGCUAAUUCAAUCAUUCAUCUAAAUGAGAAAGUAAUAACGAUCGACUAAUACUAAGUGUAAUGCAAAUACAAGUAUACACUUUCUCUGUGUCUACACUACUUGAUUAAUCUUAUGAAAUAUCACAGAUAUUUGUUUUUGGUAGUGAUAUAAAAGGAAAACGUUCGACAAUUUUAUUAUAAACUAGCGUCGAUAACAAAGGUAUCUCAAAGUCAAAGUCAAAGUCAAAGUAGAUCAAACUUGGAUAAAUGGACUUUGGAAUAAUAAUAAUAAUAAUAAUAAUAAUAAUAAUAACUGAAUAUUAUCUAGAUCACGUAAUAACGAGUGUUUAAAUAAUUAAAUAUUGAACAGUAUGAAUGGAUAGGGGAUAUGAAAAAAUUAUUAAUCUCAUGUGAUAUGUCGUAUCCAGGGGUGUCACGAAUUUUCUCUCGAUAAAUAUACUAGAAUUAUAGGUUCGGAACCCUAUAGGUUAUGCUAUAUGUGAAUGACGGGAUCUAACCCCAUUGGAAAGUGAAGCUAAGUAUACAAUAGAACACUACCGUAUGUCGAUUAACGACUAGAUACGCCAAGAUAAAGCUAUGUAGUGUCUUUGUCUGACCCUUUACAAACCAAACUCAGAGAUGUUCACUUAUAUGUUCGUUUAGUUACCUAGUAGUACUGUCGAUAAAGCUAUCUCCACAGGAACAAAUGAACCUCCUAAUCAUCUUGUACUCACUAUCGUUACAUCAAACUGAAAUCUGUUUCACAACUCAAAUAUGAUCGAAAAGUGAAUAAUUAAAACAGAUUAACUUUACUCCUCACCACCACCAUCACCACCACCACCCCCAUAAACACACAUCGAAUACAAUCAUGACUGCACUCAUUUGAUGAAUAUUGAUUUGUACAAAUUUGUACUGAUUUCCUGAAAAAAAUAACAACCACACUAUCAUCACAUAUCACAGGAAAAUACACAGAAUAACUGAGACAACAAAAAAAACACAAUAGAACUUCAUAUCACAUGUUAUAAUAUUAAAAUCAAUAGAAAAUUGAGUAGAUUAAUGCAGUAAAAUACGAUUGAAUUAUUAUUCAAAAAAUGAAUUCAGAUUCUAAUAACGAUCAAUAAUAAGUAACUAUGGAUGGUGACUAGUAGUGGAAUCUAGGAUGUGAGAUUUGGAACUAUUCAACUGGAUGUAUCUGCAUCAAUAAUGAAGAGAAUAAUUACACCGAGUUAAUAAUCUUGUUUCAUCAUUUUAUCGCAUCCUAACACUUCCCUAUUUUUUAGCGGGUUAUGUAAUGAGUCAAAUUAGGAAUAAGAUGUUUUACUGUGUAACUCUUCUAUUUUCUAAUGAAACACGAUCGUGGAUCAUGUUCACUUGUGUAUUACAUCUCUUCUGGCGUUUAUUCGAUGUUGUCGAUCAAGUUUAUAGAGGUACGAUAAACGUAACUCUAUGAAUCAACAGCACUCACGGUAUCUUCAUUUUGAAACUUCUGGUUUUUAUGGGUUCGGACACUGAACAUUGGAUGCUGCCAAUGUUCAGAUGAGGUUUGUCGUGCAUACUGUAAUUCUUUCUCUACUGAAAUCAUGAACCGAUCAAUGUUAGACCACCACUGAAAACCUGAGAGCACUUGACAGGUGCUUCGUUUUGGUAUGGGACUACAACAGUUUGAAUCGUCGACCCUACAUGAGUGAAUUGAAUACAGGAAUUUAGGUCUUGAGCAAACGUUUGACCACUGAGCCAAGAUCCAGAGGUGCUGGAGUCUCAUACCAAAGAGAAGCAGCCGUCCAUUUCCCCCCAGUUUAUCGUUGAUGGGUUCAUGGUUUCAGUGAACAUGAACAAUCUCUACAACCCGACACUGAUAAUCCUUUUUCUAAAUUUGAUCUUUGUCACAAGCAGCUAAUAAUCUGUUUCAAAGAUUUAUUUUCUUUAACUUAAAGGCAUGCAUCUGUAAAACGCGUUUUAGCAAAAUAUCUUCUAUCAUUAGAUUUCGUGAAAAUACUCUUAACUACAAGCAGUCGAUGUGAAUAUUCUUUGAAUUGAGUAUUCAAAUUAAUCUAGAAGUCAACCUUCGGUUAUGUCGAUCCACUGAAAGUUUUACACACUGCAACUUAGGCGGCCCAAAGUAAAUGUUUCAUAUAACUGAGAUAAACCAUGUCCUUCAAACGCUUUUACUACUUAUCUACUAACGAUGGUGUGGCAAAUGGCACCAGUCUUCUGAGUUUGAAGCGAAGCCGAAGAUAUCAAGAUGCUUUUUAAACUGUACAACAUUCAGGGAACUCACAAAAUAUUGAACAAUACUUUGCUUUAGUAUGACUGAUGAAAGAGCAGGAGUAGACCUAAACUUUUGUCACAUAUCACCACAUAACAAAGUAAUAUCUGAAAAAGUAUAAAUCUGAAGGGUAAUUUAUUUGCCGAAACCUCAAAACAUUUUAUCUUCCUAGCUGGAUGAACACACGAAACAUUAAAAACAGUAUUAUUAGGUGAUGACUAUAAUUUCUUUUCACUUUAAUGUAAAGCAUAAUAAAACCUACAAGAACCCACCUUUGUAACGUAACUGUUUACAUUUAUUGCAUUUAUUUGUUUUGUAUGGAUAUCUUUUGGCAAAAUGCCAACUAAUGCAGAAGCAAUAAACCGCUGACUGCCUUUUUUAACAAACGGAUAGUACUAUCCAAUUUUUGUCGUCCACAUGGUAAAGAUACUUAUGAACUUGUAUUCUCUCUUCCUUUUGUAUUGUGUAUUACAUCCAAAGCUUUGACACUUCGUCAUCACAUAUUGUAAGGUCAGACAUACAUCAUAUUUCAUACUUGUAGGAUACGAGUACGGAAUUCAAAGUCAGAUGUUGACAGAAAUAAUAAUAAAACAUUGAAUUGAUCAUGGGUUUUUGAUCUCAGAUUAAAAUAUUGGGUUGUGCGAUUCACAUUACCAGCAUAAGUGCUAUAAUCAUCAUUAGAUUCGUCGAAAGUCUUUAAGAAACUGUAUAGAAAGUUGGAAGACGACGAUUGUUCACCAAUAACCUCUCGAUGUAUAAUAUCUAUUUAUCGAAACUAAUAUCUGUAGAUAAUUAUGGCAAAAUAAGUGGUGUAUUGUUAGUGUGUUCACAUAUUUUCAAUUUCCUCAAACCAUUGUCGGAAUCAGGUGAUUCGUUUUUGAACAGAUCAUCGUUUCUACUAUAGCUGGCGUCCAAAGUGAUUCCAAUUCAAUAGUAAAAGUAAAGUCAUCAUCUUGGUUCAAAACUGUUUCAACGUGAUACAAAGAUUUACUCACUAAUAACUGAGAAAACUAAGCAUUGACUACUUUGGCUAACUUCAAACUUAGCUACAGUCUGAUAUUUCUUAACCCAAGGUUGGAAAUUGACAGAUCAAUAGUAGUUUAGCCGAAGUUGACGUCGUGUCGUUAUUCGUGUCCAUUGGAACGUGUGAUUGGUUACGAUUAAUGACACUCGGCUAUAAACAGAAUAACGUACACAGGAUGGAGAAAUUAUAAUCAAAAUUCUGAUUGGUGAAUCCAAGAAACUGCAUCGAAUCACGACGCAAUCGUAACAUACCGCAUUUAUAUUGUCAUCUUUACUUAGUGUUAUAACUACCCUCGAAGAUUUAAGAGUGGAAAUUUUUAUGGAAUUCGAUAUCUACGAUUAAAUGUUUAGUCAGGUACCAUCUGAAGUUUUUAACCUUCAAUCAAUAUUUAGCAUGGUUACAUUAGGCUCCAUUCAUUUCAACUUCAUAUAGUCAAAUGAUAACUGGAAGAUGAGUACACAAACCAGUACUUAAUAUUGACUAGAUUAAAACGAUGAUAUGUUACGGGAGUAUAUCAUGAAUGGGUAAUUUGUUUCUAUACUCUUGUACCUUUCCCUUUAUAGGUAAUUGUACUAGACAUUGAUAUAUUACUUAAUACAGAUAUUAUUGAAUUAUAGAAUCAUUUUGAUUAUUUUAAAGAAACUCAGGUUUGUUUCUAAUAAUUGUUCAUGUUAUGAUUGAUUAUAUGUUGAUAUUCGAUGUAAAACAAACCCAAACCAUUUUGUAAUUGAUCACACAUCGUACUAUGAUAUCAAAGUGCAGUUGUUUUUUUUCAAAUGCUUAACAACAAUUGAAGUGUAUUAGAAGAUUGAUCAGAAUUGAGUCUUUUUUUAUUUAUCUUAACACAUAGAUAUCGGUACAAUGAGGCACCAAAACAUAUGCGCCACACAAAUCUCAUUUGAUAUGUGUGGGGAUGUGAUACUGCCCGGGUGCCCAAACCGAAGCAGGUGGUUUUCUUAGGAAGGCACACCCCGAGCCUCCGACCUAAAAGCCUGAUCCAUAGGGUAGUGAAGCAACGUAAGGAGAUGCAGUCCCAUGGUAGCCGGUGACCGACGACUGGUCCAUACGCCAUUUGUUCCUUCAAGAUACUGGAGCCCAUGUGCACCAUUGGUUUGGAAUCAGGGUUUUCCAACUCCCCUAGGUGGAUUCUCCAUGUCUACCAACCCGGUUAAAUCACCGGAGAUUUGCUUUUUGUCCUCUCAAUUUCGUAAACAACAGUAAUGCCGCGAGAAGGCAAUGAGUAGGACUUUCCUGGCAGUGGCUAAAUACGCGUGGCUAUGUGAGAGCGUUUCAAGAGGGAGAGCGGACUCUCCCCACUCUCAGCUGUAACAGGGCAUUUGGGGGCUGAAUUGAAUCUACAUUCUACUUGGCUUACACGAUAAAUACAAAAAAGUAUUUAACUGAGUGUUGAGUACAUAGUUCCCAUUGGACUGUAAAGUCACGACAAACCAAACACUAUUAUUAUUAUUAUUAUUAUCACAAUUGAAUGAAUAUGAAUGGAAUGAUUUCAUUAUGAAUUAUUCGAAGAUCCAACAGUAUGAAUUGUGAAUACUCAGAUUGUCUUCAAUGAAGCCUUUAAAUGAGACAGUCAUUUAUGAUAUCAGUUUUUAAAUCUGACUAAUUGCAUCAUGAAUAGGCUUUACUUAGUGAACUCUUAAGUGAAGAGAAGUAAGAGAAGUGCACGAAAGCCUCAUUUGCAAAAGUCAACAAAACAACUGAGAUAUUUUUCGGGUUCUUGUUUAUUCAGCGAAGAAUGUGUUUUCAAACAGAUAUAUACUUGUAACAAUAUACGUCAAGAUAUGUGACAAUCAAUAGUUGUGUUGAAAUUAAUGUGAUAGACAGUGUCAAGAUGAGAACAGCUCAGUGAUCUAGAAGUUAUUAUUAUUAGCUUUAUUCAUUCUACAUUCUACAUUCUUCAUUAAUUUCACAGUUGAUUUCAAAUUGAGACUAAACUUUCAACUUCAGCUAGACAAUGUUUUGUGUGUAUCAAGUUUACUGAAAGAUAUUUUCUGAUGAUCGUUUUAAGUUUAUACUUCUGACGACUUACAAAUCUUCAUGUCUUUGUAUUUUUCAAAGAGCAUAGGUAUUGGAUUAGAACAAAAUCCACAUUUUCAAGAAGUUAUGACCAAAUUAGAAAGCAAUUGGAAAGGUUACGGAUAUAAUAACGGUGUUCUGUUACUUCAUCUGUCUAAAUUACGAUCAACCAAUUGGAAUAAUCUAUGGUUAAGUAUAACUAUAAGAGCUAUUAAACGUCAAGGUUACUUAAUCACUGGUGAACAGGAUAUUUUAAACUUAAUAUUAUUUGAAUUCAAAUACAUUUUAUAUGAGAUUCCAUGUGAAUGGAAUAUUCAAUUAAGUGCAGGAAGUGAUGUACAACGAUGUCCUGUAAGUUGGUUAACUUAUGCAGAAUUGAAAAAGCGUAAUUAUACAACAAUUGUUAAACAACCAAAACUUAUUCAUAUUAAUCAUCAUAUAAAACCAGAUUAUAUAAAAGCGAAAUAUAUACCAACUGAGUACAUUGAUCAAUCAGAUAUCAUUCUUAAACGUAAGUUAAUAUGUAAUGAAAUAUGAUGAAACUAACAACGUACAACUCUCAUGACUUCAUAUUAUAAUUAAUAGAUAAAUUUUAAUUAUGCAUGUUGUGCCAGUUACAUGAGACGUACAAUUAAACAGGAGAUCCGAACUAUAAUGUUUGAACCUCACAACGUAUGUUCUCCUAACAGUGACGUUUACAACUAAAAUUGAUCAGUCUCCCACUGACAGAUAUGCAUCCUGUGAGGAUUAUGUUGAUAUCGCCUUAAUUUACAUGCAUACUAAACAGAGAUGAAUAGUGGCUAGCACCGGAAUCCAGGGGGCGAUUUUCGUCGAAUUUCGAACUCAUCAGCAAGAUAUGCCUGUAUCCCAGAUUUGAUGUUCACUUCUAUAUUCGAACCCACCACCUUUCGCUACAAACGUCAUCGCGAUUUCUACUUAUCUACUGAGUGGAGCUAGCAAUCAGCACGUGGAUUAGUGUUAAGUUUAAUUCAUUUUGUAUUGGUUAUUUGAAUUUUCCCAUUGACUAUAUGGCCAAUAGAGGUUUCAUCUUGAUAAGUUCCAAAUAGGACUAUUUGUUAGAUACUCAUGUUUUAAUCGUCUAAAUCAACUAUGUGUAUACUUUAAAACACUCAAGCACAAUAUUAUGAAGCAUUAGUUUCACUUAUCAUGCUAUCAAUGACUAUAAUUACAUAAUCAUGUUGAUUCUCUACUGAAUUGUAAUUUUAUUUCUAGAGUGGUAACUAUAUGAUAAAUUCGUGUCAGUUUACCGUAAAUAUACUCAAUUACAUGAAUCAUGUUUCCAAUAGAUUCAAUUGAAGAACCAAUCAAUUUGAUGUUGUUCUUUCAGUCAUGUAGUUGAUAGGCUAUUCUUUGUCUUCAAUCAAUAGAGUCGAUUAUCUUUUAUUUUCUUAUUUAUAUCAAUACACUUGAAAUAAAUUUGGUUAAUGAUAACAAGGUGAUAUUCUAAGACUAUUUCUAUCGAAUUGUGUGUAUCUACUAAGUUGGUGAAAUAUAGUUGUUGAAUGGGAUGACUAUGGACUAUGACCAGGAUAAAUUGAGAUAUGAAAUAGCAUGUGGAUUGAUCAUCAUAUACUACUUUAAUGUUAAUUAAGUUAUGAUAAUCUUAUAUUAAUAGUAAAUAGUAAUGAUGUCGAUACAUAAAAGUAUUCGUCUUGUUUAUUAUAGUCAUGUGGUUCUCACUUGUCAGCAUAUAUUGCUUUGUCGGUGUAUGUAAAGCUUUAGUGUAGUGUAUUAUUCAUUCCUAUGUUUACACUGACAACAUGUGGUGCGACCGAAGUGAAAUAUGUUUAACACCAUUAUUAUAUAUAGUAGUCGGAAAAGUAUGAUAAGAAAUGAAGGUUGUGUAAUGGUCCAACGUUUCAUCUCUUCAUGUUCACGGGAUUCAGGAAGGCCUGGUUAAUCUAAUGCUGAAAUCACCAAAAUUUCAACUUCAAAGAACUUCUGUUCAUAUGUAUAUACCUUUAUAACGCUUCUCAUUCAUCAAACGUUUAAAAUGGUACUCUUAAAAAUCGUCUUACAUACCAUUAUAUUCAGACGACUGACAUAAUAUAAAUGACAACAUAUAUUUGAUCACCUUGUAGAUGUAUGCAAUACCGAUGUAAUUUCCACCUGGUUUCUAUAGAUUAUAACUGGAAACGUAUAUUGAACGAUUCUUUACAUUUUAUUCAAGUUUGUAAUAACAGUAUUCCAAAAAACAAAAGUAAGUACGCUGAAUAUCAUAGCCAUAAUCACAAUUCGAUUGAGAUUAUGAAUCGAUUGAUGCCAGACCACCAUUGGAAACCAGGAAACACUAGACGGCCGUUUCGUCCUACUGCGGGACUCCUCAGCAGUGUGCAUUCACGGCCAUGCCCGCGAAAUUCGAAGCCAGGGCCUUCAGUCUCGCGCGCGAAUGCCUAACCACUAGACCACUGAGCUUUCUGGCAUCCGAUGGUGUUGAUGUCUAAUCUCAACCAAUCCACGAGAUUGCGCGACCAUCUUCCGUUGUACUGAAGUAGAUAAAUAUCUCUACCCGACAUGAAUUAGCUCCACUAGUCACGGCUUCUCACUAGAACUCCAAAAAUUCCCUCAUGAAGCUUGUCACUAGUGAGCACAUGGUAAUUAUCAGUAUAGGGUUGUGAAGAUUGUUAAGUUUUUGAUUGAGAUCAUAAACCGAUAAUCAUGAUUUGGUUUUGUAAAAUUACAUUGAAAAAGCUGACCUUAUCGAUAAGAAACUAUUUCCAUUAAUUUCAUGGAUAGAUUCGUAAGGUAAUAGUACUUUGACUUAUGUGUACCCACAAACUAUACAAGAUAAUGCAACAUUUCAGAACGACGUUUUAAAUUUUAUGCGAACAUCAAUUGUUGACAAAUACAAAUAGACAAUACGUGAAGACCUAAAUGCAAUGAUGAAUUUUAUUUCACCCUCUAUCAUUUAUUUCAUCAUCAAAUAGACAUGCACCACAUAAAUCAAUGGAUUUGUGUGAGAGCCGGGAUACUGCCCGUGUGCACAGUUCGAAACAGGUAGUUUUCUUAGGGAGCCUCAUUCGAACCUUCGAUCUUAAGGUCUGAUCCAUAAGGCAGUGGUGAAACGUCAGAAGAUGCAGUCACAUGGCAGCCGGUGACCAAUGAUUGGUUUAUAAGCCAUUUGUUCCUUCAAGAUCCUGGUGUCCAUGUGAACUCUUGGUGUGGAAUCAUGGUUUUCCAGCUCCUCUAGGUGGACUCGGUGACCAACAACCCGGUUAAAGCGUCAGAUAUUGGAUUUUUGUCAUCUCAAUGUCGUAACCAAUAUCCCCGUCGUGAGAAGGCAGUGAGUAGGACUUCUCCAGAAGUGGUUGUAUGCAAGUAGCCAUCUGAGAGUAUUUUGAGAGGAAGAGCUGACUCUCCCCACACUCGGCCGUACCAGGGCAUUUAGGCAUAUAUAAAUAUAUACAAACUCAGGAGAUAAAUGUAUCUGUAUUCAUCACAGCCGUAUUAUUAGUGAUAUUGUAGUGAACAAGAACACAAGUGGGAACAAUCAAAUGUUUUUGGACACAAAAAUACAAGAUGCAUCAGUAAAAUCUGAGAACUAUGCAGUAAAUACUUCAUUUGCAAAAUAUCAGUCAACCGUCUGAGAAUUCAUAGCUCUUUUGAUUUCACACUAACCAUUCUCUGUCCUCAUUCUCUUUUUCUUCAAUCUUCUUAACGUUCUGCCUCCAGACAUUUCACUUUCGAUUGAUGAUACAUACUACUUAUAUCUGUCGACAUCAUUAGCACACAUCAUAACGAAGAAAUACCAAAACAUGAAAAAGUUAUCACAGUCAAAACAGUCAUUUCUUUUUUUCUUACCAAUGACUAAUCAAUAAAUAGGCAUACAGUCAAAUAAUAAAGUUUACACGGAUACACACCCAACAUCACUUAAGAUAAUAUUCCGUUUAUAGCCGAGUGUCAUGAAUCAAGACCAAUCAUACGUUGCAACGGACAUGAUUAAACAUAACGCGAGCCUAACUUAAUCUAAACGCCCAUUGAUCUGUCGAUUUCUAGCCUUGAGUCAGGAAAUGUUGAACUGUAUCCAACUUUCUAGCUUUAUAUUUCGACAAUUCAGCAUUUACCUUAAACAAUUAUUAGCUUAUCGGACAUCAAGGGACCUCAAAUACGAAAUUGUACCCUGCAUAUUAUCAGGUUAUAAUUAGUAUAGAAUUAAUAUGUAGUUAAGUAGCAAGAAUGAAAGAUGGUAGUAAAAUGUUAAACGAUAGAAUUACCUUAAUACAAUUAACAAUUGAUCAUAUAAUAAACAUAAAAAUAAUAAUCCGUAAACUAGUCCUAUGUGUUGCACUUUCUAUAGUAGUCACUCUACUACAACACUUCAGGAAAACAUACCGAAAUGGGUAACUAUUUCCCAUACUGUCGAAUCAAGAAUUGGAGAGCAUAAGUAGUAGUUUUCUAGAAUUAUCUUUGAUGUUUCUAGAAAGCAGUGACUAGUCAAAGCAACCUACGUGACAUCUGGAGAUAUUUUAAAGAGUGUUUGUACCACUUUAGACAAGUUUAAUAUUCAUUAUGAAGAACUAACUGAUUGAGUCUUAUGUAAUUGAGCAUGGAAUAUGCAAUAUCAUCCAUCAGUAGUAAACGUCUUUGGAUAACUCUCAUAAGUGAAUAAUGUAAAGCCUACAAACAGUAUUUACGCCUGUUAUUCAGAUUUACCAAUUGUUUUACUGACAACCUGUUCAGUUUGCUUGAGACUGAUGAAAGUGUUAACGCUAAUUAACCCAUCAACCAUUGAACAUACUUGCCGAAAAUGGAUGUCAUAGAACGAACCUCAGUGAUCUGAGUGGAUUGAAAGUCAUGAUCUGACACGUUGUUAUUGAACUAUAAUCUUAAACUAAAAAGUGUAGUAAUGCUGUGGUGUGUGCUACUCAUAUUGAUAUAAGUAGUAUAUUAUGCGAGUCAGGAAUGAAAUGUCUGGCAGCAGAAGAUGAUGGAAGAUCAAAAAAGCAAGAGCGAGAAUGGAAUGCAAUUCGUAUGAAAAUGUAGCAACAAUGAAGUUUGAGGCAUUUUGAGACAAUUGGUGGACAUUUUGCAAAUUAACGAUUCAAUAUAUAGUUCUCAGAUUUUAUUGAGAUGCUCUGUAAUUGUACGUUAAAUUUAUUCGAUUGUCCUCACAUGUUUUCUGUUCAGUACAACAAUAGUUGGCUCGACGAUCACACUAGGGCAAUCAUUUCACAUGGUUUUUUUAUAGGAUAAAGAAGGCUAUUUGUCGUGAAUUGAAGCCACCUAUAAGUGCUUACAAUGAAUCCCAGGGAAAUGGGAUCAUACACAAGUGAACAUGAUCCACGAUCGUGUUUCAUUAGAAAAUAGAAGAGUUACACAGUAAAACAUCUUAUUCCUAAUUUGACUCAUUACAUAACCCGCUAAAAAAUAGGGAAGUGUUAGGAUGCGAUAAAAUGAUGAAACAAGAUUAUUAACUCGGUGUAAUUAUUCUCUUCAUUAUUGAUGCAGAUACAUCCAGUUGAAUAGUUCCAAAUCUCACAUCCUAGAUUCCACUACUAGUCACCAUCCAUAGUUACUUAUUAUUGAUCGUUAUUAGAAUCUGAAUUCAUUUUUUGAAUAAUAAUUCAAUCGUAUUUUACUGCAUUAAUCUACUCAAUUUUCUAUUGAUUUUAAUAUUAUAACAUGUGAUAUGAAGUUCUAUUGUGUUUUUUUUGUUGUCUCAGUUAUUCUGUGUAUUUUCCUGUGAUAUGUGAUGAUAGUGUGGUUGUUAUUUUUUUCAGGAAAUCAGUACAAAUUUGUACAAAUCAAUAUUCAUCAAAUGAGUGCAGUCAUGAUUGUAUUCGAUGUGUGUUUAUGGGGGUGGUGGUGGUGAUGGUGGUGGUGAGGAGUAAAGUUAAUCUGUUUUAAUUAUUCACUUUUCGAUCAUAUUUGAGUUGUGAAACAGAUUUCAGUUUGAUGUAACGAUAGUGAGUACAAGAUGAUUAGGAGGUUCAUUUGUUCCUGUGGAGAUAACUUUAUCGACAGUACUACUAGGUAACUUAAUGAACAUAUAAGUGAACAUCUCUGAGUUUGUAAGCAAAGAUGGAUAGUGGCUAGCAGUGGAAUCCAGGACGCGCGUUUCCUCCUGUUUGAGACUCGUCAGCUGGAUGUACCUGCAUCUGAGUUGAUGUUCACUCUGGGACUCGAACUCAGUACCGUUCGCUUCAAACGCCAUCGCGUUAUCCACUUAGUUACUGAGUCCUGAUAGCCACUUGCUUGUGCAAUGGGUUGAAGUUUAAUUCACUUGAUAUUGUUUUACUUGAAUCUUCCCAUUGAUGUUUUUGGACUGAAAUUGAUCAGUCUCUUAUUGGCAUAUGUGCAUACUGUGCGUAUGCCUCGAUAUUGCCUUAAUUUACAUCCAGCUGACGAGUCUCAAACAGGAGGAAACGCGCGUCCUGGAUUCCACUGCUAGCCACUAUCCAUCUUUGCUUAUAAUGCUUGCAAAUUAAGGCAAUAUCGAGGCAUACGCACAGUAUGAACAUAUGCCAAUAAGAGACUGAUCAAUUUCAGUCCAAAAACAUCAAUGGGAAGAUUCAAGUAAAACAAUAUCAAGUGAAUCUCUGAGUUUGGUUUGUAAAGGGUCAGACAAAGACACUACAUAGCUUUAUCUUGGCGUAUCUAGUCGUUAAUCGACAUACGGUAGUGUUCUAUUGUAUACUUAGCUUCACUUUCCAAUGGGGUUAGAUCCCGUCAUUCACAUAUAGCAUAACCUAUAGGGUUCCGAACCUAUAAUUCUAGUAUAUUUAUCGAGAGAAAAUUCGUGACACCCCUGGAUACGACAUAUCACAUGAGAUUAAUAAUUUUUCAUAUCCCCUAUCCAUUCAUACUGUUCAAUAUUUAAUUAUUUAAACACUCGUUAUUACGUGAUCUAGAUAAUAUUCAGUUAUUAUUAUUAUUAUUAUUAUUAUUAUUAUUAUUAUUAUUCCAAAGUCCAUUUAUCCAAGUUUGAUCUACUUUGACUUUGACUUUGACUUUGAGAUACCUUUGCUAUCGAUGCUAGUUUAUAAAAAAUUGUCGGGCGUUUUCAUUUUAUAUCACUGUCAACAACAAAUAUCUUUAAUAUAUCAUAAGAAUAAUCAAACGGAAGAAGUCUGUGCUUGUAUUUGUACUACGCUUAGUAUUAGUCGAUCGUUAUUACUUUCUCAUUUAGAUGAAUGAUUGAAUUAGCAUGUAAUUCACAUCAUAGAUUGAUCGCAGUUACACACCAGUGACAACCAGGGAACAUGACAUAUACCUACUACUUUUUUGGUUCUUGUUAUUUGGGUUCGUUUGUGGUGGUCGGUAUUCGAUAUAAUCCUUAAACUUCGUAAACAGUUCGUCUUUAUAACCGUUCUAUAUAACGUCCCAACGGUAUAUUAAUCAGAAGGCAAAUACGAAGUGUUGAUUACGUUUAUUACGAGACCACACACAUAUAUCCAAAUGUACAGAUGCGUUAAACAAGCAUAGAAGAGUUGUGCCGAAAGGCAAGCAACCGAGCGGGAGCCAGAGCAAGAGCGAGACGAGAGCGUGUG